AUGGCCGCGGGCGAGACCCAGGCGUUGCGGACCUUUCGCGAGUACGACCGCGCGCGCCGGGGUUAUGUGAAGGAAGGGCAGUUUUUUGCGUGUUUGUACGCCUUGAUGGAAGGGCAGCCGACGCCGUUGGAGGCGUCGAUUCUUAUAAAGACGCUGGCAAACGGGAACAGGGAGAUGGCGUACGAGCGGUUCUGCGCCGAGGUCGAUGACGAAAAAUUCAGAGCGGUUAGCUAG